AGGACCCCUAGAUCAGCCUUUUCUGCGCAACCCGACCCCCGACGGGUCGGCGGUUCAGUCAGCCCAGCGGGCGCGAAUGCCUUGGAGUCUGCAGAUUGGCGGUGUUGGAUGUCCAGCUGGUGGGGUUUAGGUGCUGCACAACUCACGCAGCCGCAUGCGGCGUCACGGGCUGCAAGUAAAGACAGAGUUCGGUUGUCCGUUGACCGUCACGCGGUAACUGCUUCAUCGUUGACUGUACAUACUGUAACUGUUGCGUUUAUGCAGCGGUCUGAUAUCCUUGCCCGCCCCAAAGCCGAGCCCGUUGAAAACACUACCUUCGCACAUAGAUUGCGAUUUUGGCUGGCCUCCGCGGCGCCACCACCGAAGGCUUAA